AUGCUCGGCAUACCAUGGGACGAGCUCACGCAAACGUUCCAGGACGCCAUCACGAUCUCCAGGAAGGUAGGCAUCCCAUAUGUCUGGAUCGACUCAUUAUGCAUUGUGCAAGAUGACCAAGAAGACUGGGCUAAAGAAGCCUCACGUAUGGCAUCAGUGUACAAGUACGCCUACCUGGUCAUCGCCGCGACGAGCUCGAAGAACGGCGACGAUGGAUCUUCCAUGUACAACGGCAGAUAUCUCACCGCACAAUCAUUGAAUGGCAAGCAGAGAGUAUUGAUAUGCCUCUUCUGGAUCGAGCUUGGUGUUUUCAAGAGCGACUGCUCGCCUCCCGGAUACUUCACUAUACCGAAAGCGAGAUGA